AUGUCUUCUAACAUUAUUGAUCACAGCUUUUUCUUUACACCAUUAGAGCGUGAUCGAAUUGCUCAUGCAGAAACUUUUGUAGAAACUCGUCCAAGUGGUUUUGUCACACUUGUCUUUCGUCCAUUAUGGCUGGCAAUGAGUACACAUCUGGUGCCAGAGAUGGUGGCGCCGAAUGCCAUCACACUUGCGGGACUUGUAAGCUCCAUGCAGUCAUAUCAAAUUAUUAGUGAAUACUACAAUAAGAAAUCGACUAGUGUAAACGAUCUCACAAAUCAAACCCCAAUUUUACUUUCCUGUUUACUUUGUCUUGUAUCAAUUGUCUGUGGUUCUUUAGAUGGAGUUCAUGCGAAACGUUGCCGAUCAGCAACCCCAUUAGGUGAUAUUUUUGCGCGUGUAUGCAGUAGCAUUUCUCGUAUUUUUUUCGCUCUUACACUUAUGGAAGUUUUUAAUGUGAGAAAUCAUUCCACACAGUGGUAUGUGCUUAUGUCACUUCAAUUAGUGGAGUUUAACACGGUUCUUGCUCGCAUUAACGCUGAAAAUCUUAAACCUCAAAAGGCAAAAAAUCUCGCUUAUCAUCUAACGUAUUGCUUUCGUGACUCAGAGUUAUCAUUUCUGAUGCUUUGCGCAUUGAUCACACAACUUGCCCUUCCAACGCAAAAUUUUGCUCAUUAUUUUAACCCCAAAAAUGCAAAAUACUGUUUUUUGACGUUAGUUUUUGUGAGUUUUGCCAAUGUAGCAUUAUUAAAAAUGAAUCCCAAAUAUAAAACAGGUAUUGCUCUUUGUCUCGCAGCUCGUGUAGUACCAUUAUUUAAGAUUCUUACAUUUAACAAUUACAGCAUUCUCAGUGUUAUCAGUGGGGCUCUGGUGGUUGCACUUCUUUCUAUAGAAGUUCAUGUUAGCAAUGUGGCUGGACGUCGAGUACAUGCGGCUGUAGUAUGCAUUUGCAUAGGAUCUGUGUUUAAUGAUUUAUUUUCUAUUGUAGCCUCUGUACUUUAUAUUGUUGGUAUGUUAGUAGAUCUUUCUUACUCAACCCGUAUACCACUCUUUGUACCUGUGAAGAAUGUCUUUUGCGAUGGAGUCUUUGACCUUUGUCACGCUGGUCACAAGAACUUUAUGCAGAACGCACUGCAGUACGGAAAUCGCCUUAUUGUUGGUGUCUGUGGGGAUGAGGACUGCGCGGCAUACAAGCGACGUCCCAUCAUGACAACAGAGGAACGUGUGAAUGAAGUUCGGAUGUGUAAAUUUGUCUCGCAGGUGAUUCCGAACAGUCCGGUCUCUGGAGUGACGGAGGAGAUGAUCCGGCGGCACAACAUUCACGUGGUGGUCUGCGGCUGCGAGUACGACCGGCCGGACGACACUUUUUACGCCGUCCCGCGGCGGCUGGGGAUUCUCCGCACGGCCCCCCGCACCGCCGGCAUCUCGACGAGUGUUCUCAUCGCCCGCAUCCGCGCCGCGACGGACGACGACGUGGUCGCGAAGGACAAGGCGAAUGGGCGCUCCACCGUGCAGGAGGGCGCCUGA